AUGCCUUCGCAACAAAAAUCAAAAAAAGUAGCCGUAAUCGGCUCCGGAAUUUCUGGUUUGGGUGCCUCGUGGCUUCUUUCCGAGCAUUCACCACAUGAAAUAACUCUAUAUGAACAAAAUGAUUACGUUGGUGGUCAUACUCACACUGUCGAUUAUGUUGUUCCCAGCACCAAGAAUUCGAGUAUACCAGUUGACAAUGGUUUCAUUGUAUAUAAUAAUCUUACCUAUCCUAAUCUUUUUAAAUUCUUUCAACAUAAAAAUAUUCAAUUGAUGAAAACUGAAAUGAGUUUUUCAGUUUCAAGAGAUAAUGGGGAUUUCGAAUGGUCAGGAAGGAAUUUGAUCACAGUGUUUUCCCAACUGAGUAAUUUAUGGAAUAUAGAACUGUGGAAAAUUUUAUAUGAUAUUCUUAGAUUCAAUUUCCAUGCUACUGAAUUAAUGGAGUUGAGUGAAGAACAUGAAGAAAGGAAUAUGAGUACGGGAGAAUACCUUAGGAUUCAUCAAUAUUCUGAGGCAUUCAAGGAUAAUUACUUGUUGCCCAUGACUACAGCAAUUUGGUCAACCCCUCCUGAUAAAUGUACUCUUGAUAUUCCAGUGUUGGCCUUAAUCCAAUUUAUGUAUAAACAAAAUUUAUUACAAGUGAAGGGUUGUGUUGAUUGGUUUACAGUAAAAGGUGGAAGUCGAAAAUAUGUGGAAACUAUUACUCCACACAUUAAAGAUAUUAGAUUAUCAACCAAGGUAGUAUCCAUUAAAAGACGACCUGAUCUGAGUAACACCGAGUCCCCACCUAUCAUCACCGUUGUUGAUCAAAGUGGAAGGGCAGACGAAUUUGAUCAUGUGAUAUUAGCUGUACAUGCAGAUCAGGCAUUAAGGAUAUUGGGCAAUGAUGCUACGAAUGAAGAAAAGUUGGUGUUGGGUGGUUUUCGAUUUAGUCAGAAUCGUUCAGUGUUACAUUCUGAUUUAUCGUCUAUCGGUGAAUCAACUUAUGGUCCUGUGCUUGUAACCCUUAAUCCUCCUUCUGAACUUGAUUCUCGAAAAAUAUUUGACUCCCAGAUUUACGAUCAUCCUAAAUAUUGUUUAGAUACAAUUUCUUCGCAAAAGUUUCUUUCUCAUAUUCAAAAUGUUCCAAAUUUACAAACAACAUUUGCUGGAGCAUGGACUGGUUAUGGAUUUCACGAGGAUGGAUUCACCUCUGGUAUUAGAGUUGCAACUGAAUUCCUAGGUGCAAAAUGUCCAUUCGAAGUUAUUGAUGUCACUCCUAUCAGAGUACGGAAGGGUGAAUUGACAAUUUUACAGGAAAUUCAAAAGAAAAUAUGGAACGGUGUGGAGUGGACUGUAAAUAAUUCAAAACCUUUAGCCGUAAUUGGGAUCACAAUCAUCAAUGUUUACAUUCAACAUGCAUACAAAUUAGUUCAUAAUUAUAGGUCUAUUUCAAAUCAUGCCAGGGAUAAAUAA